AUGGAAUUUUCUUCUAAAAAAAAGUCGAUCAUAUCGUUCUCCAUUGUGACGGUGAAUACGUCUGCGUUUUGUGAUUUCCAAAUAAGACUGGCGGAAGGUUCCGCCGCGGGCAUCGCUUCAUCGAGAAUAGAUGUCGCGUUCGCCGCCGCGGUCACCGCCGCGGGCACUGCUGCUUGUGCCGCUGCGGGCUCUGCCUCAAAACACGCUCGAUUUCAAACAAACGCGUGUAAAAACGCUUCUCCGUAA